ACGACCAAUUGGAUCGACCGGGCCCAUUCUACCUUGCCCGAGAAUCCCUCUCAACACAACAACAGCAACACCCCCUCUUACCUCGACCAAUCCAAACCGUCCACGUGUCAACAACCAUAUUCCCUCUCCCCAGCUUCCCUUUGGGACGUACCAGACAAUUGAACGUUGAACUUGAUCAAGACAAAAAGCAAGAGAAGGGUCACCAUUGUUGAUAAAGAGGAGGAGGAGGAGAUUAAACAAUCCUCCUAAUCCAUCAACCUUAGUCCCGACCCAUUUGCUCAAUUAUUAUUAAAUGUGACCUUUUAGGAUCGUAUCAAAUUCAACGUGAAUGUACUAUAUUAAUUAUUUUCAUACACAUCUUUUCUCUCUCUUUUACAUAAUAUAUAUAUGUAUAUAUAAUUCGAGCAAAGGGUCAUUCUAUCGUGUUUUAGCGGAGGCUGAUGUCCGAAAGGAAUAUCGGAUUUGAAUGAUGAUGGCUAAUAAGGAGGGAGUUGACUCAUUUUCUCAAUUCCGAAUUAGGGUACGGCAAUCAAAAGGAAACCAAGAACUGAAUGAUGAGUUGAAAGUAAAAGCAAAUGAACUCGAGAAGCUUUUCGCCGAGCAUAAACUACGUACUCCUCCUGGAAAUAAAUCUAAUUCUACCCCCAGAAUUACUAGGCAUAGUUACAUGCAAAGCUGGCCAUCCAUAGACAAUGCUUUUGUCGAUCAAGUGUUUGACCAUGAUACAUUUAUGGGACCUAAAGCUACAUCUACUAGUAUUAAUAUAGACAAAUCGGUUGCCUCGUCUCGGACAAAAGUGAUUCAUAGGAACUAUUCUGAUGAGCUAAUUAGUUUUUCGGAUGGUUCUCCAGGGAAAUUUUAUGAUAUGUAUAUGCAAAAAAGGGAUGCAAAACUUAAGGAAGAAUGGAAUUCUAAAGGACCAGAGAAGGAAGCCAAGUUGAGGGCUAUGGAGGAUAGCCUUGAGAGGAGUACAGCUGAAAUGAAGACUAUUGAGAGACUCCGAUCAUUUAACUCCAGCUCGAUUUUUAGCGGAGAUCAGCAACAUUCAGUACUAUUUGGGCAAAGUGAUGAUAGAGAAGAUACACCUGAAUUUUUGAAGCAGAAAAGAAAUGAUGAACUCAGGUCUUCCAGUGAAACAUCUUUGGAAGAAGUUUCUAAGCAUACUACUCCGAGGAAGAAACAACAUUUACCUAUCAAAACUUCAUCCAAACCUCGCACCAUAGUAGGAUCUGUUCCAAGGUCUCCUAUGAAGGUUUCUAGUAGUCCUUCCUUUCGGCGAAGAUCUCAACCUGAAAGUCCACUUGCACGCUCUGUUCCAAACCUGUCUUGCAUGAGAAAGGAAAGUGCAGAGCCUUCUUCUCCAUCAGGUAAAACAACGACUCGGUCACAAUCCAAAAUGUACUCACGUAGCAAAUUACUGCACUCACAGUCCUUAAGAAAAAACACUGCUUUGAAAUCUGAGGGUGUUAUUUUAGCACCUCUCAAAUUUGACAAGGACAAGAUGGAACAAAGUCCUAAAAGUGUAAUUCCAACACCUCUCAAGUCUGGGAAGGACCAGAUGGAGCAGAGUCUGAGUGAUAAAUUUCACAACAUUUCAGAUACAAAGACUUCCCUAAAGAAGGGAAAAGAUGCUGACUUCAGUUCAAGCGGUGGUUUGAUUGAGUCUAAUGUUGCAUCUAGUUUUGCAAAUAAUGAUAAUGAUGAUGAUGAUAUGGAAUUGGAUUCUGAUACCUCGGAGGAUAGAGUUGAGGAAGACUUUGAGAACAUGACAUCUGCAGUUGAUGAGAAUUUCGAUAAUGGGACACCAAGACCUAGCCACGAGACGGAGAAGUUGGUAAAUUCUGGUUCAGAAAAUAGACAAGUCCUCCGGAGAUCAUUUUCUCAAGUUUGCUAUGCUUCGGAAGCUGGAUUAUUGCCUUGUUCUGUGCCUUCCAACUUUCUAAAUAGUCCAGUCUCGCAGACUCAUCAGAACCCUUUUUCUUAUCCUCAUGAGAUGUCUGAUGUUGAUGCUUCAGACUUCUACUCUCCUGUGGGAAGUCCUUCAUCCUGGAAUUCACAUUUUCUGAGUCCAACACAGACUGAUGAUGCUGCUAAAACGAGGAAGAAAUGGGGAACCUCCUCUCAGAAUCCAAUCCCUAUCGUAAAAUCUUCUCAAACUUUAUCUCCCAAGGAUAAGGCUAAAGGAUUAAAACGGUUAUUAAAAUUUGGGAGCAAAAACCGUGGCACUGAUAGUUUGGUCAAAGACUGGAUUUCUGCUACUGCUUAUAAAGAAGGUGAUGGCAGAGGAAACGGACGGGAUCCUCCUAACUGGUCUGAUUGUAGCUCAUAUGAGGUUGAGGUUUUCAGCAAACGAGUUUUGGCAGUUCAACCCUUGCAUAGUUCUAUUCCGGCACCUCCAGCUAACUUCAAACUGAGGGACGAUCAUUUACCAGGGAGCUCAAUAAAGGCUCCAAGAUCAUUCUUUUCUUUGUCGUCAUUCAGAAGCAAGGGAAAGGACUUGAAGCCAAGAUAAGUCUCGCGAAGGACAAAAGUUCCAAUGAUAAAAAACAUGGAAUUGCCUUGAUGACACACAUUUCAAAUCAUAUUUUUUUCAGCCAGAGCUUGAGGUAUGUGUGUGCCAUGUACAACCUACAAUCAUCUAAAUACAAUUUAUUCUUGUACAUGUUGUAGUACUAUAUCAUUGGGCUCGCUAGGCCUUGCUUGUACUUUCAUUCUUGUUGUUUAAGUAUAUAACGUUAUUUAUUUCCUUGAGAAGACAGUCCCCACAGGCUGAAUGUUGAUGUGAUAUUGGCAGUUAGAGAAUUCUUCUUCUAUUUUUAUCUUCUGUAUUCAAGCUUGAUUUUUGUAAAUAUUAAAAGUUGGGUUUAUGUUCAGAAUUGAAUAUCAGCAGUUUGGAAGGAGUUGAGCUAUU